AUGGCCGAAGGGGGCGAGGGCGAGGACGAGAUUCAGUUCCUGCGAACUGCUGAUGAAGUGGUUCUGCAAUGCACUGCAACCAUUCACAAGGAGCAACAGAAACUGUGCCUUGCUGCAGAAGGAUUUGGCAACAGGCUCUGUUUUUUGGAAUCCACUUCAAAUUCUAAGAAUGUUCCACCGGAUCUCUCCAUUUGUACGUUUGUGCUGGAACAAUCCUUGUCAGUGCGAGCUCUUCAGGAAAUGCUGGCUAACACUGAAGAGAAAGCAGAAGGGCUAGUUGAUGUGGAAAAAUGGAAAUUUAUGAUGAAGACUGCACAAGGUGGUGGUCAUCGAACGCUUCUCUAUGGACAUGCAGUAUUGUUGCGCCAUUCCUACAGUGGCAUGUAUCUUUGCUGCCUCUCCACCUCACGGUCUUCGAUGGAUAAAUUGGCAUUUGAUGUGGGAUUGCAAGAAGACACAACAGGUGAGGCCUGCUGGUGGACCAUACAUCCUGCCUCCAAACAGCGAUCAGAGGGAGAAAAAGUGCGUGUUGGAGAUGACCUCAUCUUAGUUAGUAUAUCUUCAGAAAGAUACUUACAUCUGUCAUAUGGCAACGGUAGCUUACAUGUUGAUGCAGCCUUCCAGCAAACACUCUGGAGUGUAGCCCCAAUCAGCUCAGGAAGUGAAGUAGCGCAAGGAUAUCUGAUAGGAGGUGAUGUUCUGAGGCUAUUGCAUGGUCACAUGGAUGAAUGCCUGACUGUCCCUUCAGGGGAACAUGGAGAAGAACAGCGAAGAACUGUCCAUUAUGAAGGUGGUGCUGUGUCGAUUCAUGCUCGUUCCCUUUGGCGACUAGAGACUCUGAGAGUUGCGUGGAGUGGAAGCCACAUUAGAUGGGGACAGCUAUUCAGACUAAGACAUAUAACAACAGGGAAAUAUUUAAGCCUCAUGGAUGACAAGAGUCUUCUUCUUAUGGACAAAGAGAAAGCUGACGUGAAAUCUACAGCGUUUUGUUUUCGGUCUUCCAAGGAAAAACUGGAUAUAGGGAUAAGAAAAGAGGUUGAUGGAAUGGGAGCACCUGAAAUAAAAUAUGGUGACUCAGUAUGCUACAUACAACAUGCAGACACAGGCCUGUGGCUCACGUACCAGUCUGUGGAUGCAAAGUCUGUAAGAAUGGGAUCUGUGCAACGCAAGGCUAUAAUGCACCAUGAAGGCCAUAUGGAUGAUGGGUUGACCUUGUCCAGAUCUCAGCAUGAAGAAUCCCAUACAGCACGAGUCAUCCGUAGUACAGUCUUCCUUUUCAACAGGUUUAUAAGGGGCCUUGAUGCUCUCAGCAAGGAAGCGAAAUCUUCCACAGUUGACUUUCCCAUUGAGUCAGUCAGUCUGAGCCUUCAGGAUUUGAUCGGCUACUUUCACCCACCAGAUGAACAUUUGGAACAUGAAGACAAACAGAAUAGACUAAGAGCACUGAAGAAUCGACAAAAUCUCUUCCAGGAAGAGGGUAUGAUCAACCUUGUCCUUGAAUGCAUUGAUCGUUUGCACGUGUACAGUAGUGCAGCCCAUUUUGCUGACGUAGCUGGGAAGGAAGCAGGAGAGACUUGGAAAUCUAUUCUAAAUUCUUUGUAUGAAUUACUAGCGGCACUUAUUAGAGGGAAUCGUAAAAACUGUGCUCAAUUUUCUGGAUCUCUUGACUGGUUGAUCAGCAGAUUGGAAAGACUGGAAGCCUCCUCUGGUAUGCUUUUCA